AUGCCACCAAGAGAGGAUUGGGAGAAGUAUAAGGCACCUAUUGAAGGUACAGGAGAUGAGAACGCCGAGGACACUAAAGGUAGUCCACUUUCUGAAGGUGAUAUCCAAGUGUUAAAGACUUAUGGUGCAGCACCCUAUGCAACAAAGUUAAAGGAGACUGAGAAGGAUUUGAAAGAUAUCGAGCAACGUAUUAAAGAGAAAUCUGGUAUUAAAGAGAGUGAUACAGGUUUGGCACCAUCACAUCUUUGGGAUAUUAUGGGGGAUCGUCAAAGGUUAAGUGAAGAACAUCCAUUACAAGUGGCACGUUGUACCAAAAUUAUCAAGAGUACUAGUGAUUCAAAUGAAAAUGGUGAAGGUCUUGAUGGUGCUGCAGGUCCAGGUGCCACAUCUGAAAAUCGUGACGCGGAUGAUGCAGAGGAAGAUGAAGAUGCCAAAUAUGUGAUUAAUUUAAAGCAAAUUGCCAAAUUUGUGGUAGGAUUAGGUGAACGUGUUUCACCAACAGAUAUUGAAGAAGGUAUGCGUGUGGGUGUGGACAGGUCCAAAUACCACAUUGAAUUGCCAUUACCACCAAGAAUUGAUCCUUCAGUGACGAUGAUGACUGUGGAAGAAAAGCCAGAUGUUACUUAUAGUGAUGUUGGUGGUAGUAAAGAUCAAAUUGAAAAAUUAAGAGAAGUUGUGGAACUACCACUUUUAUCACCAGAAAGAUUCGCUAAAUUGGGGAUUGAUCCACCAAAGGGUAUCUUACUUUAUGGACCUCCAGGUACUGGUAAAACUUUAUGUGCCCGUGCCGUCGCUAAUAGAACGGAUGCAACAUUUAUUAGAGUUAUCGGAUCUGAAUUGGUUCAAAAAUACGUAGGUGAAGGUGCUCGUAUGGUUAGAGAAUUAUUUGAAAUGGCACGUUCUAAAAAGGCAUGUAUUGUAUUUUUCGAUGAAAUUGAUGCAAUUGGUGGUGCUCGUUUUGAUGACGGUGCAGGUGGUGAUAACGAAGUUCAAAGAACAAUGUUAGAAUUGAUUACACAAUUAGAUGGGUUUGAUCCUCGUGGUAACAUCAAAGUGAUGUUUGCAACAAAUAGACCAAAUACUUUGGAUCCUGCAUUAUUAAGACCUGGUAGAAUUGAUCGUAAAGUUGAGUUCUCCCUACCAGAUUUAGAAGGCCGUGCUAAUGUUUUCCGUAUCCAUUCUAAGUCGAUGAGUGUAGAACGUGGUAUCAGAUGGGAAUUGAUUUCGAGAUUAUGUCCAAAUUCUACGGGUGCAGAAUUAAGAUCCGUUUGUACAGAAGCAGGUAUGUUUGCCAUUAGAGCCAGAAGGAAAGUGGCAACUGAAAAGGAUUUCUUACAAGCAGUAGAAAAAGUCAUUAACGGUUACAAGAAAUUCAGUUCUACUUCCCGCUACAUGCAAUACAACUAG